AUGACCGACGACGAACAAGGACAUAUCUUUCGCAUGGUCAAGCGAGGUACCGCAACCUACGUGGAGACUGUCAAAGAAGGCGACGAAAUUCGAUUGUGCUGGAUGCUCCGAGACCAGACAACAGGAUUCCGAGACUUUACAGACGAUGCGUUCGGGCGACGCCGUACGAAUCUACCGCCGGACAUGAGCGAUGUGCCUUUCUUCUUCAAGCUGCCGUGGCCUCGAUUCGAAAGCUUGAGCAAGCUGGCAAAGGAUGUCAAUCCAGUUCCCAAUACUCUGAUCAUGAGCCAGCUUCCAAGCGAAGAACCUAUGGCGACGGACCUGUGCACUCUGCCUGCAGUCAGGCAAUAUCGCAGGAAGUAUGCCACCAUACCAUACGGCGUAGAAGACGUGGCGUUCAGGAUCGAUACUGUGAGCAAUGAGGGUCGUGGAGAUGCGAGGGAUUAUAUGCUGUCUGGACUCAAGCAAAGUAAAGAUGCGGACGAGGUCUACGCUGGUAUGCCAGCUCAAAAGCGCCCUUACACUGGCGAUCCGCGACUUGCGCUGUUGGCGGCGCAGUUCUUCUUGGACGAUCCGGAGAAGGUGCCAUACAUAUUGCGGAACGAGUCUAAUUACGCGCAGGCUGAGUUAGCUGCUAAGGCGAAGGCAGCGGCGUGA